AUGGAUGCUCGUGGCCUCACAUUGAGGAAAAAGCGCAAAGACCGUCCAACAAUCAGCGCUCCCCAGAAUGCCUCUGGUCCUGGAAUUACAAGACCUGCACCGCAGCAGAGCAAGGCCAGCACUCUCACCGUCCCGCGAGAUCGCAAUGCUCCCACCGAAACCUCCGAUCUAGUCAAGCGUCGCUACUCUACUCGUUACAAUCAGCUGCCAGAUUUCAGCAAUGCUGGCGCUCCGCCAGUCCCGACUCUUCCGGGUACUCUCAAGAGAAGGUCUGGCGGUGGUUCACCUCGGAGGCCAGGUACUUCAUCCUCGGCGCGCCCAUUGUUAGUCGAUGGGGAUGUAUUCAAAGAUCCCAAUCUUCAGCACGACCGCUAUGUGGCCGACCUCUUGUCCAACGCAUCCGAGCAAGAGAUUCAAGAUUACCAAUCUGGCCUACAAAGACUCAAGAACCGCACAUCUACCGAUCUGCAGCAAAGUGUCUACCAGAACAGAACACAGUUUAUCAGAAUCAGCAAAGAGGCGGAAAAGUUGAAGACCGAGAUGUCCAUUCUACAAAAUCUCAUGUCGGAUCUUACUGGAACACUUGGACAACGAGCUGGGGGCAGUUCUACCAAUCCGUCCUCUACAGAUAUGGAUGAGCCUUCUCAACCAAGACGUAACCCGAAUCGUAGCUCGGUGGCAAACUUAGAACAGAUGUGGAACAUUCAAUUACAAGCACUGUGGAAGAAUGUGGAGAAGUCGCAGAAAUUUCUACCUGCUGCUCCUGGUCGACAUAUCGUUGCUGAAACUGGGAAUUGGAUUGAGCUUGACAGCGCCACUUGGAAACCGAAACGUCCAGUCCAUAUCGUGCUUUUGAACGACCACUUGCUGAUUGCAUCAAAGAAACGCAAGCGGGUAGAUCCAAAUGCCCCGCAACAGGGUCCAGCUCCUACCAAAAAUGUCGCUGAGGAAUGCUGGCCGUUGCAAGACAUCGAGAUCAUUGAUAUGGCAGGGAACAGUGCGUCUGGAGCCACCAAUCUCGCAGAAGAGAAAGCGAUUUCAUCAGCGCUGACCAUCAGGUCUGGCGGAAGAUCCUUGAUCUACAGGCAUGAAAAACGGGACCAGAAAGCCAAAAACGGACUCUUAAUGGCGUUACGAAAGGCAUCUGAAGACGUCCGCAAGGCCUCCAAGACACAGGAGGAGCAGAUCAAACCACAAACUGAAAGUCUGAACUACUACGCAGCUCGAGAUCCUGCAUCUGCAAAGAAUACGGAGAUCAUCGACAGUAUCAACUCUUCCAAAGACAAACCGGAUAUUCUGAUUGAGGUGGACGGCAAGCAGCAGAAUUUCCGCUGGGUGGAGGGUCAAAUCGACGAUCUCGACAUCGACAUCGCACUCCAGGUCUUUGAGGAUGCGGUCGAGAAGGUGGAGAAGCUCCGCAAGAUUGCCAAAGGUCUUAAAAGCAAUUCUAUAGCACAGGAACUCAUCUCAGUGAAAGUCGACGAACGAGCCUCUGCACUCGCAACCAUCCUCUGCCGGGAGCUCGUAGAAACGCCAUCAUUCCUCGAGGCCACCAAGAAGACGACGAACUUCCUAAUCCGGCUCGGCUUCGAAGAUCGCGCACGAGAAAUCUUCCUCAACGCGCGCAGCGAGAAUCUGAGCAAAUGCGCACGCCAGUGUGUUUUUGAGGGUGACCUCCACCGUUAUGUCUUUUCCAUCUCCUACGUGUACUUCACGGUAGUGAAGAACACUGUUCUGAUCUACCAAGCGUCCUUUGCGCCGGGCACGAUCAGCGCGUGCAUUAAGUGGGCGAACGAUCACCUCGAGACCUUCAACACGCUCCUCGCACGCCAGCUGGGCGCCAUCGAGAAGGAAGGCAAGCUGUGGCGCGAGUGCAUGGAUGUGGUGUGGGGCCACGAGAGGGAGAUGCUGGGCGAUGUCGGCUUGGAUUUCAGAGAGGCGAUCGGGAGGGGACUAGAACCCAAGGAUAGUACGCCCGCGAAGAUUGGUGGCACUAAUGCUCCUGGGGCUGGAGAGGUCAGAACUGACAGCCGCUCCAAGAGCCGUGUCAGGGGAGCAGCUUAA